UAGGGAGGGCGAGCGGCACCGGGGCGGGAGGAGGCCGGGCCGCGGAGGCUGGAGCGUCCCGGGAGGAGCCUGGCACGGGUCCUGCCGGCAGAGCAUCGCCGCCGCCCCCGCAGCCAGGUGUUCGCCGCACUGCUUCGUGCCCGCCGCGGGGGCGCGCGCCAUGGGAGGCCCCGUGCGGGGCGGAGGCGGCCCCCGGCGGGCGGAGGCAGAGCUGCCUCACCUUCGCUGAACCCGCCGCUCCUCCGACGAGACCGGAGAACGACAUGGACCGCCCGCCGCAGGCGCCAGCAGCCUCCUAGUCCCGCAGCAGCAGCUGUGGGACGGGUUGGGCAUGGCCCAGCCGGAGGAAAACGACGGAGGGCAGCGCUACCCCGUUACCAGUUGGACCAAGACAGCUGAUGUAAAUUUAUCCAACUCCUUAAAUGGUUUGAACUUCGUGGGAAUUCUGGACACAAGAGUGGGCAGCAGUAUCCAGGGCCUUCAAAAGACAUCGGGAUCUGUCUCAUUGCCUGGCCAGCUGCCUAGUGCUUUAGAAGAUUGUCAUAGCCUUAAAUCAGUGGAUUCUGGUAUUCCAACACUAGAAAUAGGAAAUCCAGAGCCUGUUCACUGCAGUGUGUUAAAUGUGAAGAGAAAGCCAUCAGAACCUGAAAUUGUGCCUGACAGGGCUUUUCAGAGUGCGAGUACACUGCCAUCUUAUGUGCCUCCACUUCCUCUGACUUCUGAGCACAACCAUGCUGUGAGAAAAUCCUCUACUUUCCCAAGAACUGGGUAUGACACUGUCAAACUCUAUAGUCCAACUUCAAAAACUCUGAAUCGAAGUGAUGAUAUCUCUGUCUGUAGUGUUUCCAGUCUUAGCACAGAACUGUCAACGACUUUAUCAGUUAGUAACGAAGACAUUUUGGACUUCAUGGUCACAAGCAGUUCAAGUGCAAUUGUGAAUCUUGAGACUGACGAGGCACACUUUUCAGAUGUCACCCUGAAUUCCACUAAAGAGACCAAUGAUCAGAGCCAGCAGGAGUGUUGUCAAGAAACGGAUGUGGACGGUAAAAGGAAAAUAUUGGGACCUUUUACAAACUUCUUUUCCAGGAAUUUGUUUACCAGAAAGCAAAGUGCAAGAUUUGAAAGACAAAAUGAUGUGGGAUGGAAGUUGUUUGGAAAAGUACCUCUCAGAGAAAACUCACAGAAAGAUCCAAAGAAAAUACAAAAGGAAUAUGAAGACAAAACUGGACGAGGCCACAGACCGCUCUCUCCUAAACAAAAUGUGAGGAAGAAUCUUGAUUUCGAACCACUCUCCACUACAGCACUUAUUUUAGAGGACAGACCAGCGAACCUCCCUGCAAAACCAGCAGAAGAAGCUCAGAAACACAGACAGCAGUACGAAGAAAUGGUGGUUCAAGCAAAAAAAAGAGAGCUUAAAGAAGCCCAGAAGAGAAAGAAACAACUGGAAGAACGCUGUAAACUGGAAGACAGCAUUGGCAAUGCUGUUUUAACUUGGAACAAUGAAAUCUUGCCCAACUGGGAAACUAUGUGUUGUUCCCGCAGAGUCCGAGAGCUUUGGUGGCAGGGCAUUCCUCCCAGCGUGAGAGGCAAAGUCUGGAGCUUGGCCAUUGGCAACGAGCUAAACAUCACCCAUGAGCUGUUUGAUAUUUGCUUGGCUCGUGCCAAAGAGAAGUGGCGAUCCCUUAGCACAGGAGGGGCUGAAGUUGAAUGUGAAGAUGCUGGAUUUUCUGCAGCCGACAGAGAAGCAAGCUUGGAGUUAAUAAAACUGGAUAUCUCAAGAACCUUUCCUAAUCUCUGUAUAUUCCAGCAGGGUGGUCCUUAUCAUGACACAUUGCACAGUAUUUUGGGAGCCUAUACUUGUUACAGACCUGAUGUAGGCUAUGUACAGGGCAUGUCAUUCAUAGCAGCAGUAUUGAUCUUGAACUUGGAUACUGCAGAUGCCUUCAUUGCUUUUUCAAACCUUUUAAAUAAACCCUGUCAGAUGGCAUUUUUCCGUGUGGACCAUGGCCUUAUGCUGACUUACUUUGCUGCAUUUGAGGUGUUCUUUGAAGAAAAUCUGCCAAAGUUAUUUGCCCACUUCAAAAAACAUAACUUGACUCCAGAUAUCUAUCUCAUUGAUUGGAUAUUCACUCUCUACAGCAGAUCUUUGCCGUUAGACUUGGCAUGUCGUGUCUGGGAUGUGUUCUGCCGUGAUGGAGAAGAGUUCUUGUUCCGUACAGCCCUGGGAAUAUUAAAACUUUUUGAAGAUAUUUUGACCAAAAUGGACUUCAUUCAUAUAGCCCAGUUUUUAACAAAGCUACCAGAGGACUUGCCUUCAGAAGAAUUCUUCGCGUCUAUUGCUGCCAUUCAGAUGCAAAGUAGAAACAAAAAGUGGGCUCAGAUACUGGCAGCUCUGCAGAAAGAUAACCGGGAAAUGGAAAAAGGAAGCCCUUCGCUCAAGCGUUAACGUUCUGGUGGCCUCCAGGGACUCACGGGAAAAGAGUUAAAGUGGCAGAAGUACUGAGGACUUUGACAUGUGUAAGCCUGCAAAUCAAAGUGUUAUUUCAGAAUUUGUUUUAGUAGUAGGAGAGCCUUAAAGGGGACAGAGGAAAAAAGAGGAGGAGAGGGGGAAAAGAGGGAAAUCGGGGGAUAAACCCCUUAAAAAUUAAAUCUAGGCUUAGCCUUAAACUUCUAGAGGAGUGAGCAUUUGCUGUGGACAGCGUUACAUGUUCUCUGCUUCUGGUGAGGGCAGUGAGCUAAACAACAUGAAGGGUGGUUUCUUAAGUUUUGGGGUUGGGGUAUUUUCCUUCUUUGUUUUAAAAGACUGGGCAUUCAGCAGUGUUGGUUGCUUUGAGAGCGAUUUCCCAGUUUCAUUCUUAGGCAGGUUAUAUUUCCCUUAUGUAUCAUGGUAGCUGGAUCUGGAUUUUAAAUAACCGGUGCUGGAAUUUGUACUUUAAUGUUGUGAGGAUCAUUUCAUUAGAAAUGCUUCUUAGUUUGUAGGCUCUGGGUCCCAUUUACCAAAGAAAUCAUGUAGACAUAGAGCCACAUUCCUUUCUUUAAUGAGAAAAAAAUAAGUAGAGAGUAAACUUGGAAGAGAUGUCACACUAGCAGUGCAAAACCAAUUGUUCUUCAAGAUGCCUUGGAAAUCUGUUUUUUCCCAUCCAGAUGCCAAAGGGAGAAGUUCCUUUAGUCAGACCUGAUUCCAAGCUUACUGACGGGUUUCUACUGCUAAGCCGGCAUAAUUUCCCAGUUGUACUCUUUCCACUGUUUAAAGCCAGGGUCACAUACUGCUUUGAUGUAGUGUCUCCCUCUUCUGGGGCAGUGCUGUUUUGGAGUGUUCUUGCCUACCAUUUACUUAGUCCUGUGCCAUCUCUCCAGUUAUGUUGAUAAAACUGUGGGCUGAGCAGAUAACUGAGAAAUGGUUCAGAGCAGUUUUUCUAGUUAUUUUAAUCCCAACCCUGCUCACUGGCAAAACUGAGGAGGAAGAGUACAGAGGAGAAGUUAUGUAAGCCAGCAUUGCUGCUGAAAAGGUUCUGUGGGAUGUUCUGAAGCUGCUGCUGCCACAGUGAGAAAGUGUUAUGUGGUAUUUUAUGUAGUGACAAGUGAACGAAGUUUCUUGGAGAAUGUGUCAGACAAGCACCAUUAGGAUGAGCAGAGGCUGUCAUUUCCAGGCAUUUUAUUCAGCCUCUGAUACAUGGGAACAAGUUAUAGAGGCAGCAGACUGUGGUCACAGUUUUAUUGUACAGCUUAGAUCUCCCACCUCCCCACUCCCCCCCAAAUUCAGAUGAAUGUUCAGCUGUAAAUCAUGAGUGCCUCUGAUUUACAAGAAUGUUUUGUGUCUAGUGUAAAAUCUCUUUUAUAGAUAAUGAUGCUCUUUGAAAAGGGAAACUCAACUGAAGCAAUAUUUGUGUUAACUGUAAACAGGCCUUGCAACAUCCUCUACCUGUAUGGGCAGUGGUUUCCCAAUGCUCUUCAGUCUGGUUGAUACAGAUUAUUUGUUGUCUGAAUCUUGAAAAAACAAAACAAAAAAGAGAAUUAUAGUUGCACACUGCUCACCUCUACAUAAACUGUAAAGGUUUGUGGCACAUAAUCAAGAUGCUGUCCUUCAGUACAAGCAUGUUUUCUGCAAGAGAUAGCUUGGUUGUAAUAUUCAAAAGAGUGAGAGCAAGAUUCCCUGGUAAGUGAGGACUCAAAAUCAUUUUGGAAGAUGUGUAAUGCAAAUGCAGCUUGCAAGUCUUGAUACCUCACUGACCUCUUUUCCUGUCCAUGUUAUGUACCUGGCAUAAUGGAUGUGGCUUUUUGUUGGCCAUCUAAUUCCUCCAUACGAUGACUUGUAGUUGUUGCUUACUGAAAACAGAUGUGAAGGUGUUGAUAUGAAACAGGUGUUAAUUCUCCCAGGAUGUGUCCAGCUUGAGUUUUAAUGGCUGGUACCAGGAUGUUACCCUACUUCGGAGUGCAAUAGAGAGCUGGAAGGUCAGUAAGUGUUUUUUAAUCUUACUUUUUCUAUUGCAACAACAAAUAUGCCUUUCCAUGAAGGAUACGAGAGGCCUACCAUCCAAAACGUUUGCACUAUGCUUUUACACAGUUUAUUAAACACAGACAAACUUUUUUCCUCAGCGUACAUUUUUAGGCAGUACUGUAACUGGGUUUUGUGAUUUAAGUCUUCAUUGCAACUACAUUUGUAUUUCCUGUUCAAACAAGUCUGCAAGCGUGGCUCAUUUGUCUGGUUUAGAUGCAUUCUUUUAGCCACUAGGUAUCCUUGCAGCCGUCGACAGCCUGUUCUUCCUUGAACUUCUUCUCAGUAAGAUGUUGAAUGUAACGGUGGAAAUGGGCAUAGUUGUGGGGAAGAAGGCCUGCUGCAACACUCGUGCACUGUUUGUUACCUGCAAAUGUUACUAUUUUGUUUUGUGAUUAAUUUUUUUUGACCUUUUUGUUCUUCUAAGAUGUAUAUAUUUUCUAAAUGAUUUCUUUGUGUAUAUAGGGUAUGCUCUUUAAUGAAGAAAAGCAAUGCAAUAAAAGAGCUUUGCACAGUUCAUUUUCAGACAAAAGACAUUUGAAAAACAAACAAUCUCCUGCCUAAAGAUGCAAUUGUUUCAACUUCUCAGUAACUUGAUUCGAAGGCAAUGCUUGAAUUUUGAUAAAAAAAGAGAUUACUAAGGCCAUAGAAUUACUUGCCACUGAGCUUUUGAAGUUUCUUGCAGUAUACCAAAUCUCUUAAUUAGCUGUUAAGGAAGAUUUCUAUAAUAAAUUCAGGGAUUGCAUAAAAAAAGACAAUUUUAUUGUUCAGGUACUUGAGAGUAUCUGUAACAAGAUGCAUGAGAUUUUCUUUCACUGAGCAAGUGUCCCCAUCAAGCAAACUUUCUUUUCUUCAUGGGUUUAAGGAUAAAUAAAGAUGCCUGCAUCUACCACUGUACAUGCAGCAGAUUAGAGAGACCAGAAAACUUCAGCUAGAUUUGGAAUUCUGUACAACCUGCACUUUAUUAUAAAGUCGUUUUUGCAACUUCAAAAAGCAAUCAAUCAUUAACAUCAUUUCAUUUAGUAAAGAAUUCCAUUUGGAAGAAAAAGGUACCUUGGAACAACUUCUUUUUUUGAAUGUUUUAAAAACCAGAAUGACACAAGUGUUGAUGCAUCCUGUGUGUACAUCAUGUUUAAAUUGGUUUUAUGUAGUUAUCACCUUUGUUUUGUUCAGAUGUGUAUCAAACUGGAACUUUUUUCAACUGUAAAUAUAUGGUUUUGUUAAAUAAAGUCAUGUAAAGUUACCUUAA